AUGGAGUUUAUGUUGACGGAUGCCGAACACCGACUAACCACAGAGCGGCAGCUUAAAUACCAAGGUACUGCCAAAGUCAAUCUCGACCAGAUAUCUCUCCAGCCUCUGAGUAGCCGGGAGAUCGACCACAAAAAUGUGGAGCGAUUACACGAGAUCUUUGCCAAGGAUGGGUGUAACCGCCUAGACCUACGAAACCACGUGACUGCUGUGGUGUCCAAGCAACACCUGCAGAGAACCUGCCACGCCAGGGGACUGACUCUGGAGGAACUGAAAUCUCGCCAACAACAGUAUCCACGCCUUGGCUUUCGUGGCCGACAGGUAAAAUGCCUCCAUGGACAGCAUAGACUCAAAGCUGCCGAGGAUUUCUUGUCCCCCUCCGACCGGUGGUGGACGGUCGACCUAUACCUGGAUGAUAUUAGCCCCGAGCUACGGAAUGCUCUCGUCGAUGAAUAUGCGAAUGAGAAGCCCCCAACCGAUGGGGAGGUCUACCGGAAGAUCCGUCAAUACCAACACGAAAGCAACGCGCUCUUUCAAAGUCGCUGGUGGUCCCGGCUAUCGCCGAACAAAGCCAAGCGAUUACGGCGGCUCACAUCCCCGGACAAUACCUACCUCUGCGCCGCGUUUGAUGCGUUGCUUGCGAUCCCAGGGCUUUGGAAUGGGAUGAGCCUGGGAUCCUUAAACACCGUGAUGGCGCUGAAGUGUGACGAAGAGGUGAUUCAUUACUUGAAGCAUGUGAAUAAUUUCUGGGCGACACUGGUCAACCAUGACCGUGCUCAGAUGGCCCGAAUCGACCUACACACAGUGGACACACUGCAACUGUACGCUCCUCGGGCGUCUAUAGUCGAUCGGAAGAUCGUGAAAGGCAAAAUCCUGGGCGGCGAAGUGUUUUCCAACUUCAGCCGCUCGGAACGUGUCGCGAUCUGGGAGAGCCUACGGUCGCAUGAGACAUGCGACGGCAUCAUCCCGUCACUCCAUACCUUUUUCCGCGACGUUUUGUACCUGGAGGUCUGUGCCAAUGCCCUCAAACGGCUGGUUACUUUGAACAAGCAGCACCCCACCAUUCGGCGCGCACUAGUGCACAGCUUUCGACCCGGUCCCGCUGACACGGAUUGUCUGAUUCAGGCGUCUGAAUCUACGUUCCGCCGACAGCCGGGGUCUAACGACGAACGACUGUCGUUGGCAUACCGCCAGAUCUGGAUGUAUGCUAUGCGACAUUACCCGGACAUGGCCAAGAAUAUCCGGGACGGCCAGGCAGCCAACCCCGCCCGGGCAAAGGCGCGAGCGAAGGCGGACGAGAGCGUGAUUCACGAUAUGGCUACUCUUGCUCGGAAGCUGGGCUUUCGGACCACCCAGAUUAACGCAAUCCUCCAGCAAUCCCCGGACCGGCAGAUCGCUCGGGCGGCGCUGCUCAAAGCCCGAAAGCCUGAUCACUACCACUACGACAGUGAAACCUUCGAGUCUCUGAUCGAGCAGAUUGCUGGUUGUUUUGCUCGCGCUAUUCCGAACGAAGGCCUGCCAAUGACACUUACCGCUGGCCGGGCGAUGAAAUUGAAAGACCGAUAUGGAAUUCCUCCUGGAUAUGCUCAGCCGCUGGACCGGCCGCAUAUCUUCCUGGACCGGCUGCAUUCAGCAACGACGAUGCAAAGGAAUUUGUCGUCCUUGGAAGUGAGACGGAGCGUAUACUAUGCCUUUUUCGGCAAGCCAUCUUCUCAAACAUUCAUGCCUUACACUCCGCCAGCAUGGCCAUCGGCCAGCGAGCCUUCUUCGCCCUUGUUUGUUCCACGUGACAAUACACACGCAAACGAACCGUUCGCUGAGGAUAUGUCGAUAAGCGGUCUGAGUGAAGGGUUAUCAAAUAGCCGUCAGGGACUGCCGGAAACUCGCGAAGACCAACCGGAAGAGCGGCGGCAAGGUCAACAGCCUUCGCGGCCGCCAACAGUAAUGCACAGUUCGUCUCAGGCUAGAGUACCUUCUCCAGCAAGCUCUGUAGGAAGCGGAUCUUCUCUCCCGGGGAGUGUGACUACCGACAACUUGGAUAGCUCCGGCGCGGAAGACCAGUCGGGCACCAGUGAAAGACAAGGGGGCCAGGCGGGAGAGGAUGUCUGUACAGAAAUAGACGAAAACGAGCUUUUGGAGCGAAUGGAGGGGGAGGAUUCUAGGGCAAGGGACCUCACUAAUGUUGACAAUUCGAUUCCUGGAACACCAAUCGAAAGAGAUAUGUCGGAAAGAUUGGAAGAGAGGGCAGUCGCGGAUAAACAGCCGAGUGGACCAGUGCAGACCUCUUCGCCAUUACGAUCAUCUCACACACCAAGAACCCAGUCAGCAAUACGCAGGAACCGGAAUAGAGACGCAAUCUGGCAGCCCUAUAAUACUUCACAGAGAGGCAAUCGUCGUGCGGCCAGGACCGUCUCCCCAGGUGAAGAGCGAACUACCGAUGGUAACUCCACAGGCCUGGACCCAAUUGCAGAGUACCGGGCCCGCCCAGAACCAUUGCAAACAAUCGGGGAACACACGGAGCUCGAACAGCCGGCUGAAGAACCACACACCCUUAACGAAGCCUCUCAAAAAGCUUCGUCAGCGGCCGAAAGUCCAGACAUAGUUACCCAAGUCUGGCCUUAUCUUGUGGUUGGACAGGCAGGCACAUCCCCCGGCACAUCAAGGGGUGCGCCCCAGUACGAAGCUGCUGGAAAUGACGAAAAAUACCUUGCCCGAGCGGAGCAGUCAGAGCACCGAAACCGCGAAGGCGAGGAACCCAUCUUCUCACCAAUGCCACCGACGGAUCCUGGAGAGGGAAUAACCGGGCAGCUGGUGGCACUUGACAAAGAGUCAAUCGCUGACCAAGUUGAAGAACUUAUUCAGGAAGAAAGACUCUCCCUAGAGCGAGCAGAUACUCCGUCUCAGCUAGAAGCGUCUCGAGUCGUCCAAGCCCAUACCGUUGCCCGCCGUGUGACCGAGAUUCCAGCGGAUUUGCCAAGUCUGAUCUUACGAUUGCGCGAAGAAGGUGCCGAGCGUGAUGGGUGUGUACCUACGGUCGAUGACCCGCCGGCGGCGCAUCCGGAAGGCGGAGCCGCCGUCCAUCCCUUGCGCACUGAGCCCAUCGUGCAGGACACGGAAGAGAGACGGCAUGGAGACCAUUUGGGCCCUGUGAACCUACCAAGAUCUCCCGCACGGCAUACGAGGAUCAGUCCGCAGCCACACAAACCAGAACGAGCGGUCCGUAAAUUGAGGAAAAAUCAGGCAACACGUCGAGAGCUUAACCGGGCGGGUACUCGAGAUGCUGCCAUCGCUGAUGAGUUGUGGGGUAGCGACGAGGAAGGGUACGGGGCUGGGGGCAUUAUGGCAGGGACUCCUGGGCUUCCUCAACAGGAUGUUGAGCGAUAUCCCGCCGUCCUUCUCGAUCCGGAGCAGGCCCAACGGGAAGCCAUUGCAAGACAGGAGGGUGAAAAUCUCCUGUUUGAUACACCGCCUAUGAUGCAAGAGACAGAGGACACGGAAAUGGAAGAUCUUGAAGACCGUACUCCUGCAGUUGCUGCCCGGUCCAACCGGAAGGUCACGAAACCGUCCAAGGUAGCCAAACCAAAGCAGGCUCAGCCGGGAGGAUCGUCCAAGGCGUCACGAGCCGGGUUGUCCUCCCUGCGACGGGCGGUCGAUGUCGAGGCUCGAGUACAGGGAGAAGACACACAGCUCGAUGCCACUCAACCGGACAUAACAAAGCCCGCCAGCACAGGUGUGAGUGGUGUGGUGCACGACGAAGCCAAUGAUCCGACUCCCCUCGCGGUGGAUAGUAUCAAUAGAGGUCCUUCUGGCAAUUCGUCGCCAGAGGGGCGAGUGACGAUCACCUUUCGCGCUUACCAGCGAGGAGAAUGGAUAGUGACGGACGCGGUCACUGUGGAGUCCGCAAAUCCAGCGGAGGCGCAGGCGACCGCCGAGCACUAUGCCCGAGACCCGGAGCAGGAGGCCCAUUUCUAUGAUUGUUCACUACGGAAAGUUGCUGUGGACCAGUGUGUCCGCGCGGCGAUCGACGACGGAAGUUUCACGGUCCUCAUGGGUUUGGGAAGAGGCCUCGCUGUGACGCGGAACCUGGUGGCCUCGGUGACACAAGUGCUCGAGAAUGUUGGAACCGCCGGGGCAGUCAUAGAGGAAGAGGAGUUGUAG